AUAUAUAUAUAUAUAUAUAUAUAAACUCGGAAAGUGCUCUUAACAUAAAUCAACUGGCAAUGGUUGAGGUGCGGUCAAGCGGACAACCUACCACUGUUGUUUUACAGCAGCCUAUGGCAGUAAUGCAGCCCACACAAGGAUAUUCCCUAACGAGAGAAUGGAGUUCUGGAAUUUGUAGCUGUUUCGAUGAUUGUGAAUCAUGUAAGCAAUAAUAAUUUACUGAGAUGAUGAUUUUGUUUGUUGACUGACGAUUGAAAAUCUCUCUUAUUUUUCAAAUUAGACACAAUAGUACUAACUAACAAUUCAAUAAUUAAAAAUGUAGUUGGACGAAUUAUUAAUGGUUGUUGUAUUACGUUUCUUCUUACUAGACGAUAGUGUAGGGGAAGUAGAUUUUCAGUUUGUUCUUCAACCGCUUGUAAAGUAAGUAACUCGGCUAACUUCAUUGCAAUAAUUUGAUACUAUUCAAUCUGUAGCUCACAUUUAUCACAGGCCCAGGAUGUUUAGAUGAGAGUACCGGUGCGUCAGUUUUAGACCACUUAGUCAAAAUCCAGUGACCCAUCGUUCAAAGAAUACAUUAGAUGUUUGCAUCAAAGUGACAGAAAGUUGUGUACCAAGAUAUCGCCCUAGUUAUUGAUUUUCAGUUGAGCGUGCCUUCAAUCCUGAGGGUAGUAAUGUUCACUGUGACUUCGAACCUGUGUCACUCAAUGUCAUAAUGAAAAGAUCUACGAAUAAGCUAGUAGUGCCUUGAUCAACCUCCUGUAUGACUGAUAGUUUCACAAUAAUUGAUCAGUGAACGGUAGUUAAUGUCAUAUUUUCUCGAUCUGAAAAUACAUCUGCUAAUACUCAAUUAUAGAUUAAAUACCUUCAAAAAUGUUUUAGAAAAUACAUCAAAUCUGUUGUUUGAAUGGUGUUUUAUGUUUACAGGUCUUUGUGCAGGAUUUUGUUUCCCUUGUUAUCUUUGUCAUGUGUAUAACAUUUCAAAUGAGGCAUGUUGGCUUCCUUUAAUGGGAAUUGGUGUUUUCCCUCUACGUAUUAAACAUCGUAUCAAACACAACAUAAAUGUACGUUUUACUGAUCUAUUAGUAAUUCUAGUUUUUGUAAUUGUGGUGUUGUGUAAUUGAUAAAUACCUAGUUAUUCAGAAAUAUAUGUUUUUAAGAUGUAUGUUGGAGGAUGAAAUGUGAUAUAUCCUGCCAAGGUGAGUAAUAAGUCACCAUGUGGCUGUAUGAAUAAAUGCUUUAGUGUAUAAGUGUAAAGAACUCAUUUAAGUCAGUUGACUUAAAGGUUAACAAUAAUAUAUAUGAUGGAUAAGUGUGGAAGAUCUAGUAGCUGUAAUGAGAUCACAGUAGGUUAGAAUGAGUAUCCGAAGUAAUCAGCUCCUUACUUAGCUCAAAUAACUUUCAUAAAGGAAGGGAAAAUACUGUUCAAAAGACUAAGUCUAGAAUGGUACAUUUGCACGAGGAGUUGUGUUAUAAAUAGUAAAGCCUGAUAGAUAAGUUAAAACGAUCUAUCUCCUAGUACUACCGUUAUUUUUCGUCGAGCGUGUUAAAAUAUAUAUUCUUCAAGUCGAACUUCUAAUUUGUUCACCAAAGCACAUUAAAUUGUUUUACAAGACAGUUCACUACUAAGAUCGUGGUUGUCGACUACCUCCACCAUCUUAUUUCAACAUAGUGCACGCAAUGCUGAGUGACCUAGAUUACUGACUAUAUUGUGACUUGGCCGAUAGGAUUUGAUUUUCAGUAAGAGGGACCUGAAAUAAAUGAUAUUGAUCACCAUCCAAUGAUCAAUCAGUUGUCAAAGCUGUUCACUACUAUUUAAUCUGUAGCAGUUUGGAUUAUCCAGUUGUUGAUAAUUUUACUGACUUUUGAUUGAUUGGUCUUAUUUGGUAUAUGUGCAUCCUGCACGAAUUGCCUCGAUUUAGCCAAUGUGUCAUAAAUGUACACAGAAUCAUUCCCACUACUAUCCACACUGUCAAUUCUCUAUUUUAUUUACUCGACCUUAGAUUAUUUAUAUUUAUGGAAAAUACAUUUACAAUCGGUAGUAUGUAUGUUUAGCUACAAGAAAUGUGUGCAUAGUUCUACUCUGAUGGCUAUUUUCUCGUUGAGUAAUAUGUGUAUUUGAUAAGAUAUCAUAGAAUUUUUAAAUUUAUCGUUUACAUAAAUGUAUUUUAAUGAAAAUGUGUCUCAUUUUGGGAUAGAAUAGGAGAGGAGAAAUUGAUGAAUUUAAUAUUUUGUUUUGGUAAAACGAUAAUUGGUAGUUGUUUGUAAGAUUUCUGAUGUUUAUUCCCAUCUAUAUUCAUGAUGAAAUCAAAAGAUUUACCUCUGGUUGCACAAAUAACCUUCAAUGACCUGCGCAACCUAAUGAAAACUUUUCAUGUGAGUCCAGGGAAUAUUCGUGGAUGAUAGUCACAAGUAAAUAUGAAAGAAUACGACAAUUAAGAUUUCGGCAAAUCUGAAGACUUAUAACCUAUUUAUGAAUACAAUUUAGACAGAAAACUCCCUUCGAUAUAAACAAAUAAUGUGGAGAUAAGUAUAGGUCAGAGGAACAACUAUGGGAUAUUUAUUUGUUGGAAAAUCAUCAAUAAUCACGAACGAUCAGUUUCUUUCAGGUUUAAGUUUGAAGUUAAGAAAUUGAGUGUAAAAAAGCAUUUAGAAAAGAUCGCCAUUUUGAUACUUGGUGAAAACCGUUUUAACUCAGGAAGGGAAUUGUUCUAAUUACAGUCAUGUGAUCUAUACUUUUAAUGGGAAUACUUCAGUAGAAGAGAUUGGGCUAUUCAGUAAACAAGACAUGAAUAGGGUGUGGAUAGAGGGAACGCUUUGAGGCGCACCACUUUUUGAUAGUAAAGAAGAUGAACACUUUCAUUUAUAUAGAAUAAACAGCUCCAUUACAAUGAAAUAAAACUGUAGUUACUUUGUGUUUGGUGUUUCAAGAUAGUAGACGUGUUCAAUGAAAGACACAUUUGAACUGAAUGUGAAGGAAAUGGGUAGGCAAUAAAAGCAAAUCAAACACAUUCGAGAAACUUUUGUAAUCCAAGUAUCAAGCUGCAAGACAGUACCUAUUCGACGCUUGUAAUCUAAAUUAUACGUAGAAUAAUACAUUACUAUUACUGUAGCGUAAAGUACAAAUGAUAAACAUAGAAUCUUCAUGUGUCUUACCAGACUAAUAUUUAGAUUUAGUGCUUGAUUUAUACUUGAUCACUUUAUAUUAUCUGAGUUUAAUAAUUUAACGAAAAUACUUUUGAAUUAUUCUUGUAAACGUUUUAUGCACUUUCGCGAAUGAAUAUUGGGAGUUCAUUAAAAGAAUAUCAUUUUAAUGAGACUUGAACAGAAUGAAGGCUAUAUCUAGGCAAUACGCACAGUAUGCACAUUUGCAAAUAAGAGACUGAUCAAUUUCAGUCGUAAACACCAAUGGGAAGAUUCAAACAAACAAUACUAAGUGAAUAUCAACUAUUGUUUCGAAUAAUAUCGAUGAAUUUCUUAGGUAUUACAUAACACACCCAGUUCUGAAUCUGUUUUAACUCAUGUUUAAUAAUUAUAGAUGGUCUGUGAAGAAUGUGAGUUUUCUAUAGUUUACAUCACCAGUUGGUUUUUAUUUUGAUAAGCACUGUAAACCAGGAUAACCAUUUUGUCUUGGCAUGAAACUCGUCAGUUGUACACAUGAACGACUUACCAUGUCUAGAGGUUGAUAAGAGUCUGAGGGUUUGGGUCGAAUUCCCGAUGAGGCCACGAAUGUGUAUUGCUGAAGAGUCUUAGCAGUCCAGAGCUUCCUGAUUUUCAAUGGAUAUUGAUUAUUCAGUUGUUUCAACUUACCAAUAUUGUUAUUGAAAAUUAUUCAUUUUAAUCAUUUUGGUUUUAUUAGGGCUCGAUACUUGACGAUAAUUUCGUUACAGGUUGUUGUCCUCAACUUGCUUUAUGCCAGUUGAGGCGAGAUAUGAAAUUUAUGGGAUCUUAACACAUUUUAUUUAUGAUAAAUAUAAUCAAUCGGAGAAUAGAAUAUUUCAAUCUUUUUUCGAAGAAUGUUGUUUUUGAUUAGGUGAACGUUCAACAAGAUCGACUAGUUUCAUGUUAAAAAGGAAUAAUUAUAAUGUGCACACAAAUUGGAAUUGUUGAUAAAGAAUAAAAUUCUUUGGUAAAAUAAGUAUUUGAGUUAUGUAUUUUCACUGAGCAAGGUAGUUUCCAUUUUGAUAAUUACGAAAUCUGUGUAGACUGUUAUAGUUUAAACUGUACCAUAUGUGUGUGUUCAUUGUGCCUAACAGUCCUUGAGAGCUUCUCAGAAAUGUUUUAGAAGGUUGAGAGGAUUCUGAAGAUACGUCGUCCGAUCAGCAGCACACAAUAAAACAAUACGAGAGAGUUCUAUGAAAGAGAUGACUUAUUUGUCAUGUCCUGAUAGAUUAACUACAAAUUUCCCUACUAAUUUGAGUUUGCUUUCACAGUAGUAGGGUUUCACAAAAUUCGAUCAAUCUCAUUAUUUCUGUUCGUAAACUAAUGUUGUAAUUGGGGCUUCUCUCGACUCAUUCAUAAAGACUAUUUAUUAGGACUCUGGGAGUUCGUCUCAACAUUAGUCACUAUUGAACAUCUGAUAUACAUUUGCUUAGUCGGUUAAAUAUAUAUGUAUAUAAUGUUGUCUAAAUGUUACCAACUGUAUGUUGACGGUAGAAUAUAAAUAACUACUGAUUACUACAAGCACUAAGGGUUAUUAUCUCAGGGUCAAUUGAGUGGUAUAUUAUUAAUUAUUACAAGGAUGACAAAUUGACCGUUUACUAAAGUUUGAACUAAAGUCGUAAUUCUGAAAAUCUAUCGAAAUAUCACUUAGAGAGCGAGAGAGCAUAAAUAUCGAUUAUCAAACUCUUAACAUUUUGCACUGUCAUUUGGACCACAGGACGUAUGCCUAUUUAACACGAUAGUGAAUUUUAGCUGUUAAAUUAUUAUGAAAAAGUGGACUUAAGGUAUUUCUGUUCGAGCAUAGGAAAUAAUUACUUAGAAAUAGACAAGUAAUUUUGUUUUUGUCACCUGGUUAAUCGUAAUGAUAGAACUAUAACAGACGGUAAAGCAAAUAGUCUGUUAUUUAAAACUUUCAGCUUGUGAAGCAAAUCGUAAAUCUGUAGAUUGGUAGUAAUUCCUUAAAAUAAAAGCCAAAGUGAUGCUUUUAGAGUCUUUUUCAUGUGUAGGUAUAUUAUUCAGCCACUCAUAACGUAGAACUCCUACAUGUGCACAUCGAACCGGUUUGUCAUAUCCCAUUAGCACAGAGAUGUUCUCAGACCGAAUCCCACAAUAGUAGAGAUAGGAAGAGUAUCAGUGGUAGUGGGCAAGAUUUGACUUGAAAAGAAAAUGUAAAUUAGUGGAAUUAAAACAAGAAGAGUAAUGAAGAAUUUCGAAUCUGAGAAUUUGAUGGAAGACAAAGACUGGAUGCACCUGUACCACUACGAACUAUUUUGAGCCAUGUAAUUUAGAAUCAACCAUUGGUUGUGAUAGUCACACGGACGUCAACCAGUUAGUGUGUAACUACACAUUGAUCUCUUCCAGUUUACUCCUGUACUAGAAAAUGUCGCUGGACGAAGUAGGCUGUGGUUGGGUACAUGUUGCACUUGUCCCUACCAUUUCAGUUAAUGAAGAUUUCCUACCUGAUCAGUCGGUUUCCAAUCUUUACCUCGUACUGUAUUCCUAACCUAGGGAUCGCUUACUUUGCAAUCCCAGAAUACACGAGCAAUUCUUCGUAGAUACACACAACUGUAUACCAGUAACCUAAGCAUAUCCUCUACACGUAAUGACCAUGAUUCACAACCAUAAAUUAGGACGGAGGGAACUGCUGCAGAGCUAAUUCACCGUUUGGUUAGAAGAAGUGGUGCAAGUUGCAAAAACUAAUCGAGCCUUUAGAAUCCGUGUGGGAAUCUUUUCAGACACUGGGCGAUCAGCACUAAUGAGACUUUCUAUGAUAAGAGAGGGAGGCGUUCGAUGUGUCCAACUUCUGCUCUCCCUAACAGACAAAGUAACAUUUUACAUUUGGAGGGAGAGAGUCGCAUCACAAAGAUAGUCCUGUCUGGUCAUCGUUUAUAUUUUCGUAAUAUAGUCAUUAAAUACUUAAACUAUUAUAUUCAUGUGUUCCUCUACCUGUAAAUUGUGCCUUUACAAAGUGAUUGUUAACUUACUACAGAUCUAUCAUUCAGUCCUCUUGCACUUAUGGAUUGGUCAUGUGUAUAUUGUAAUUUCUAAAUUUUGUUGAUGUAUUGUCAAGAUUUGGCUCUGUACUACUAGAUGAAUGAUUCAUGAAUUCGAACUGUAUGAUUGAAAUCCAUUGACUCACAUUUUCGAAUUGUUUCAUAUUAGAAAGUGUCAGCUUUUCAGUUGUUCUUCGUUUUCAAUAAAUCUACAAAAUAAUAGUGUCGUUACAUCAUGAAAACUAUAUGGAAAUUUUUAUUAGUUGAAAACCCCUUCCUAACCAAGUAGUCAAAUAAAACUAGAUAAUCUGUUUGUUUCGUUUUACUUACUUCAGUUAUCCAUCAUCCCUUCAGGAUUCCAAGUUUAACGCUUGCGUUAUGGUGCAUUUUGGUGAUUUCGUCAAGGUGUGUCCUAUUCACUCCCAAUGUCUUUUCCUAAACUCCUCUUGAUCUGGAAGCUAGUUCGUAAUCUCCCACAGUAGGCUAUUGCUGAUGGUAUCCUGUCAGUGGAUAUUGAGUAUCUUGUGUAGACAAUUGUUUAUAAAUGCUUGUAUCUUUUUAAUGAUGGUUGUGGUAGUUCUCUAUGUUUCAGCUCUAUACAGUAGAAUUAUCUUGACGUUCGUAUUGAAGAUUGUGACUAUGAUAUUGGUUGACAGACAGUUGUUUUGAGUUUCAUAUAUUUUUCAAUUGUAGGAUUUCUGUCCUUACUUUGUCCAUCCUUGCCUUUCCAUCUACAUCAGAUCCUCCUUCUUUCAUAUACUUCUAAAAUAGUCAUUUUUAUUAGGUUGUACAUAUUAUCAGUUAGUUCUGAAAAAACUUAUCAGCUCGAAAUGAAGUAUGAAUACAAUUUAUUACUCAAUGUUCAUUUUGUUUAUAUAUAUAUAACCUACUCAGUAGUAAAUGAGCUAAAACAAAAGUGAAGUAUAACGAGAAAAGUAUCAACAUAAUCCAAUGAUUUUAUUCGUUAACAAAUUACUCCACAGAUAAUAACCAAUACCAUCAAUCAUAAUUAUUGAAUUCAAUAUUUCUUUAUAUUACUUUAUUUAAACUGAAAAAGAAAAUUGAAUAUUGUUUAACACAUAUUUAUCUUUUAUUGUAUGAGACUUGAUGCCUUUUCAAAUAAAUGAUGUAUUUCUUCACUUGACCAUAUUGAAUUUCAUGUAGACAUUUUAAACAUCUCCAUCAUUCUUAAUGACAUAAUCCAUAUCUCUUUUUAACUGACACAUAACACAUUGUGUACAUAUGCAUGAUAGUACAAAGUCAUUAGUUAUUGAACCCU